AAGGGGCUCAGGAGGCCCCCAGAGCAGAGGCUGUCGGAGUCUGGCAAGAUGCUGUGGCUGGCGCUUUCGACCUUCUUCUUGGGGAACUCCAUUGCUGGCAGCCCAGCGCCGGUCCCUGAGGGUGAGCGGGCGGGUAUCAUCGGCGGCGACAACGCCCCGCAGGGGAAGUGGCCGUGGCAGGUCAGCCUAAGAGUCUACACUUACCACUGGGCCUCCUGGGUGCACAUCUGUGGUGGGUCCCUCAUCCACCCGCGGUGGGUGUUGACCGCCGCCCAUUGCAUUUCCCGGAAGGAGGCCGACCCUUCUGCCUACCGCAUCCAUGCCGGGGACGUGUACCUGUACGGUGGCAGGACACUGCUGAACGUGAGCCGUGUCAUCGUCCACCCCAACUAUAUCUCCGCCGGCCUGGGCGCGGACAUUGCCCUGCUCCAGCUGUCGGACUCUGUGGAAGGCACUGCUAACGUCAAGCCGGUCAGGCUCUCGUCGGCCCAGCUGGAGGUCAUCCCGGAGGACCAGUGCUGGGUGACCGGCUGGGGCUCCAUUGGGAUGCACGAGCCGCUGCCGCCGCCUUACCGCCUGCAGCAGGUGGCAGUGCAGGUGGUGGAGAAUGGCGUCUGCGACCAGCUGUACCACAACGCCUCCGAGCACCACCAGCUUGGGAAGAUCAUCCAGGAUGACAUGCUGUGUGCGGGCACCGAGGGCCGAGACUCCUGCUACGGCGACUCCGGAGGGCCCCUAGUCUGCAAGCUGAAGCACUGCUGGUACUUGGUGGGCGUGGUCAGCUGGGGCUACGGCUGUGGCCUGCGCAACAUCCCCGGGGUCUAUGCUCGCGUCCAGACCUACCAGCCGUGGAUCACGCGGCAGAUCCAGAGCGGCCCCUGACCCGGCCUGGGGCAGCGGCUCCCGCCUCCUCCUGGCACCUGCUGCUUCAACCCUGGCCCCCUGGCCCUGGCCUGGGCCCCACCUUCUCGUCUGCUCUUCUCCGUGUCCACAGCUUCCCAGACGGCCGGCGGAUGGAGCAGGGAGAUGCUGGGGAGUGGGGUGAAAGGCCACUGCGGUGAGGGCGCCUCAUCCUGCUGUCUCUGUCCGAUUAAAGAGCUUAAUGACUGGA